AUGACGAAUAAACCAGCUUCGUUUUUAGCUCGCUUUGGACAAUUCCUUACACUUUUUUUUUUAACUUACUUUGAAAAUAUCCUUUUUUUUGACUACGAACUUGAAUUCAGAUUUUUUUUACUUCGAAAGUUAUUAGAUGAUUUUUUUUGGCAUGUGAAAAUACAGAAUCGUCGCUAUGAAGCGCUUAAAAGACUUACAUUUUUUUUUGAUUACUUCAAUGAGAGUGAUUUUUUUUAACGGGAUCCUCUUCUUUACGUUUUUUUUAUAGGACAGUACCUCACGGAUUUUUUUUUAGUAGCUAGAGACACAGCAGAUUUUUUUUCAGACCCUUCUCUUUCUGAUAUUUUUUUUCAAAGAUUUGAUUCGCAACAAUUUUUUUUGAUUUAUCAAUAUCAGCAAGAUUUUUUUUUUUCUAUUAAAGGUGUGCCAAAUGACACAGAAAAACAACUGCUCAGAGAAGAAUUCCUUAGUACAAUGCAAGCCAAGUUCCUGACAGGAAAAGACACAGACUUUGAUUAUAUUUUUUUUGACAUGAGCGAUGAAUAUGAUUUUUUUUUACUUCGCGAGAGAGAUGAAGAGGAAGAAUACUUUGACAAGGAUGAUUAAAGCAUGGUUUUCAUUCAUGAGAAUUUCUAGAUCCCACAACUUAGCUGAGUGAAUCAGUAGCUGACGCAGUUGAACAGUCCUCAAUACUUUUUUUUUCAGGGCAAAACAUAAA